AUGAGCGACCCAGAGCCGAGGCACGCUGCGGGCGCAGCCCGCGACUCGGACCCGGGCCGGGCGGCGGUGGCCUCGGCCUACCGGCUCUUCGAGCCCCGCGCUUACCUCCGCAACAACUACGCGCCGCCUCGUGGGGACCUGAGCAUCCCCGACGGCGUCGGGCCUUGGAAGCUGCGCUGCCUGGCGCAGACGUUCGCCACCGGUGAGGUAUCUGGACGUUCCCUCAUUGACAUCGGCUCGGGCCCCACUAUCUACCAGCUGCUCAGUGCCUGCGCACACUUUGAGGACAUCACCAUGACGGAUUUCCUGGAGGUGAACCGCCAGGAGCUGGGGCGCUGGUUGCGGGAGGAGCCGGGGGCCUUCAACUGGAGUGCCUAUAGCCAGCAUGUCUGCCUCAUCGAAGGCAAAGGUGAGUCCUGGCAGGAGAAGGAGCACCAACUUCGAGCCAGGGUGAAGCGGGUCCUGCCCAUCGACGUGCACCAGUCCCAGCCCCUGGGUGCCGGGAGCUUGGUGCCCUUGCCUGCUGAUGCCCUGAUUUCUACCUUCUGCCUGGAGGCUGUGAGCCCGGACCUCGCCAGCUUCCAGCGGGCCCUGGACCACAUCACUUCGCUGCUGAGGCCUGGGGGGCACCUCCUCCUCAUCGGGGCCCUGGAGGAGUCAUGGUACCUGGCUGGGGAGGCCAGGCUGGCAGUGGUCCCCGUGCGUGAGGAACAGGUGAGAGAAGCCCUCCUGCGCAGUGGCUACGAGGUCCGGGACCUGUGCGCCUACGUCAUGCCUUCCUACCUGCAGACCGAUGUGGAUGAUGUCAAAGGCAUCUUCUUUGCUUGGGCCCAGAAGGUGGGAGUGUGA